AUGAGAAGCACAAAAUUGUUUGAUGAAGUCCAAAAAAAGAAUGAAGAUCUUGGAAAACAGGUGAAGAUUGUGAUGUUGAAUGUAAGGAUGUGUUUGCAUGCACAGGUGCAGACGACAAAUCCUGACUGGGCACCACUGUAUUUGCCUUCUGCCGUCGGAGCAGGCCUCCUCGACUCUGUUAAACGGGUUGAGUUACGAGUUUCCCUUCACUCAAGCCUCCUGGUUUUCCCUUUUCUCGAGGACAGCAUGGAAUCACUGAUUUGCUUCCAUAAUGUGGCCGUCACAAUUGGAGUUAAUCUUGCGGCGCUGGCGAAGAGAUACAGAUCUAUUGUGUUCCUUCGCCUGGGAUCCGUCUCCACCGUUGUGAUCUGUUAUCCUGCUAUGGCAAAAGAGUUCCUCAAAAGUCAUGAUUUGGUUUUUGCAACCCGACCAAACUGCACAUUCGGGAAACAUGUAAGCUAUGAUCAUAAGGACGUGGCGUUUGCCUCCUACGGAGCGUACAGGAGGUGGAGUAGAAAACUGUUAGACGGUGGAGCUGCUCACAGUAAAGAGAAACCAGUCUUUCAGAUUUGUAAGAGAAGAAGAAGUGUCUGCCAUGAUCGCCUCCGUCUGGCAGGAAAGCGGGCACGGACGCAGUAUGUGGAUGUAAAGAAGAAACUCUCCUCCCUUAAUCAAAAUAUUGUCUGCAGAAUGUUUGCCAGCAGGACGUACUCCGACAACGACUUGAUUGGAGAGCUUGGCUUCAAAAAAAUGGUUGAGGAGAUGUUCACUGUGGCCGGUGCAUUUUGUAUUUGCGAUUUUAUUCCUUCUCUCGACUGGCUCGACUGGCUCGACUUGCUUGGAUUCCGUGGUCGCAUGCAGGCAGUUCACAAAAUAUUCGACGAAUUUGCUGGAAAACUAAUCGACGCGCACAUAUUGCAUAAUGGAAAACGGAACAAGGAUCGCGUUAAAGAUUUGGUAGACGUGCUGCUCAACAAGGCCCAAACAGAGAGCCACACAAUCACAGGAACUCGCAUCAAAGCCAUGGUCUUGGAAAUUUUUCGACUACAUCCGCCAUUUCCUCUACUCAUUCCGCACGAGUCAACGGAAGGGUGCAGCGUGGGAGGAUAUUUCAUUCUGCCAAGGACACCCUUGUAUGUGAAUGUGUGGGCGAUGGGAAGGGACGAAAGCGUUUGGAAAGAUGCUCAUAUGUUCAAGCCCAAGCAGUUCAUGGGGUGUAAUAAGGAUGUGAGAGGUCAGGACUUCGAUUUGUUGCCUUUUGGAACAGGAAGAAGAGGAUGCCCUGGAAUUUCCAUGGGUCUUUCUGUUAGUGAGUUGGCACUCGCUCAGUUAAUUCAUUGCUUUGAUUUGAAUGUGGAGAGCAAAGUGGAUGUGGCGAAAGAGUUUGGAAUAACUGUUCCCAGAAAAAAUCCACUAAUUGCUUGCCCUAAAUGGAGGCUCGGAACCGAAGAUCCUAGUUAA